AUGUUAACUUCUUUAUUAAUCAUCACAACCACCGUAGAUAAGUUGUUGCUCCAGUGGAGUGUCCUUUGUCUCGGUGCUCUGCAUGUGGACUCGGCUCAAGUUUGCCAGGAGGUCAACGUGACGUGCAAAACACCCCUGCCUGUCUCUGAAGAAGCUGGCCACCUGGAAGCGCUGGUGGGCGUCCUUCCGCGGCAGGGCAACUGGGGCGUCCUCUUCGAACUGGAGCGAGAAAACCACGUCCUGGCCAGCUUCAGCAUUUCACGCAGGGAAGGAAAGCGAGGCAAGACGGCUACUUAUAACGACCAUUUGGCAGUGAAGUGCAGAAAUAAAGCAGCUCUGGAGGUGCCUUUUCCCUGGCCAACAAAUGAGUCCUUGUACGGCAUCAAAUUCAUCUUGUUCAGUAUAUCCAAGAGCCUCAUCAGAGUUUCGUACAAAGCAGAAUCCAAUGGAUACCAAGAUAUAGCAUCGGAGGUAUGCAACGUCAGCUGCCUCUCCAACGUCUCCUUCUCGGCCUCAAGCCUUCUUCGUCUGCCCGCGCCAACGCUGAGUCUUCGCUGCGCUGAUGCAGAGGCAGGGGAGGAAAACGAAACGGAGUCAGCUGUAUCUCCUGUCUCCCAACUGUACAUCGCUGGAGUCAUCGUACUGCUCGCCAUAGUAUUGUCGGCCGUCGAUCUGUUCAUGAUUCUUUCGAUAUGGAAGCGCCUGAUCACACAGACUGAGGGCGAUGCCAACGUGACACAGGGGCGGGGGAAUCAUCAUCAAUAACGGUAUGCUCAUGUUUGAGCAGCCAUGGACCUCUCCACCAUCUUUCGCCACUCAACUCGAUCUUACGCUUUUCUUUCCAUU